AACAAUAUCUGCUUUUUUUAAAACUAGAAGGUAGCCGGGUGCAAUUGAAAUGUUUGAUGAAAUGUUAAACCGGGGGAUGAUUGUAACUACAGGGACUGUGACCUCUUUUCUCGAGCCUUUGUGUAGUUAUGGUCCACCCCAUGCAGCUCUAACGAUUUAUAAGAAGGCGAGACAAGCGGGAUGUAGGAUAUCCUUGACUGCAUACAAGUUGCUGCUUAUGCGGCUUUCUAGGUUUGGGAAAUGUGGUAUGCUGUUAAACAUCUGGAAUGAGAUGCAAGAAAGUGGUUAUUCUUCUGAUAUGGAAGUUUAUGAGUAUGUCAUCAAUGGGCUUUGCAACAUAGGACAGCUUGGGAAACUGCCCUUAAAGGGAAAGGAAGCUUUAGAGAAAGGAUUUUACCCCAGCAGGCUUAUCUGUAGCAAAUUAAACAAUAAGCUACUAGCUUCGAACAAAAUAGAGAUUGCAUACAGGCUUUUUCUAAAGAUAAAAAUUGCACGUGGAAAGCAAAAUUAAAACAUACUGGCGUGCUAAAG